AUUCACUAUAUCCGUAACCGUAAAGUUAAUUUGAGUGAACAGAAAGAGCUCGAAAGAAAGUGCAAUGGCACUAUUCAAUAUCCCUUCUUCAUCGUCUCUCUUCCUUAAAUCCUUCCCUUCAAUUUCUUCACGCCACUCUCAACAUCCUCUUCUCCUCUCAAUUUCCUGCUCAUCUAAAUCCAAUUCCGACGACACCUUUAGCGACGAAAACAAAACACCCAAAAGAAAGUUAUCAGAACAGUCAUCUUGGGAAGCCAAAGACUCCCAAGGAAAUGACUAUCUCUACAGGCUAGGCAAAGAAGCUGAUAAUAUGAACAUCGCCGUCGGAGCUAGGCCUGGCGUCAUCGAUCCUCUUUUCGCUGGAAAUUUCCUUGGCCGAGACUCGGAUAUUGUGUUUGAUUAUCGACGGAAAGUGACCAGGUCAUUUGAGUAUCGUCAAGGAGACUACUACAUUGCUCCACUUUUCUUGGAUAAAGUUGUGUGCCACAUUGUGAAGAACUAUAUAGCUCAUCUUAUCAAUGCUAAAGUUCCACUGAUCCUAGGUAUCUGGGGUGGAAAGGGGCAAGGAAAGUCAUUUCAGACUGAACUUGUUUUUCAAGCCAUGGGAAUCGAACCUGUCAUUAUGUCUGCAGGAGAAUUAGAAUCAGAAAGAGCUGGUGAACCAGGAAAACUGAUACGAGAACGCUAUAGAACAGCAUCUCAAGUGGUUCAGAACCAAGGCAAGAUGAGCUGUUUGAUGAUCAAUGAUAUUGAUGCUGGCCUUGGUAGAUUUGGGAACACUCAAGUGACAGUGAACAAUCAAAUUGUUGUUGGAACACUAAUGAAUUUAGCGGAUAAUCCUACAAGAGUCAGUGUUGGACAAGACUGGCGACAAUCAGAUGUUAUAAACAGAAUUCCUAUCAUUGUGACAGGAAAUGACCUUUCAACAAUUUAUGCCCCUUUGAUUCGUGAUGGAAGGAUGGAUAAAUUUUUCUGGCAGCCUACUCAGGAAGAUAUAGUGAACAUUGUUCACAGAACUUAUGAGAAGGAUGGCAUAAAUAGAGAUGAGGUUGUGAGCAUAGUAAACACAUUCCCUAAUCAAGCUUUGGAUUUCUAUGGAGCUCUUCGUUCUCGAACUUAUGACACGUCAAUUUCUAAGUGGGUUGAUGACAUUGGAGGUGUUGAAAAUCUUGGCAACAAACUUCUCAAACGAAGAAAGAAUGAGACACUUCCUGUGUUUACUCCACCAAAGCAAACGCUGGAGGCUUUACUCGAAUCAGGGUAUUCUCUCAUCAGAGAACAGAAGCUAAUAAUGGAGAAUAAACUUUCAAAGGAAUACAUGAAGAACAUGGAGAACUAGGAAAGACUUUGGCCUUGUAAGUGUCUCAAUUUUUGCACUCUUGCUACCUUAUUCUUUUCUCUUUUAAUGUCCAAGAAUUGUAAUGGAAAAUAUUAGGAUGCAACUAUUAAAAAAAAUACUUUCAGGAGAACAUUAUGCUGUAAAUUACUGAGGAGAGAGAGAGAGACCUCGCAAUGGUUGUCUAAGGCAAAAGACAAACUUUCCUUUCAACUUCAUAAUGCGCUUAGAAAAUUAAAGAAAUUUAAAGCUCGUCUCGAGCCGCUACGCCUUGAUUUCUUCUGUGUACAUGGUGAGACGUAACAUUUUGAUCUCUUUGAUUGAGUUGCUGUUGUAUUGUGA